UGGGCACUGGUGGGUGCAUUGCUGGGCACAGGUGGGCGCACUGUUGGGCACAGGUGGGUGCAUUGCUGGGCACAGGUGGGCGCACUGCUGGGCAUAGGUGGGCGCAUUGCUGGGCACAGGUGGGCGCACUGCUGGGCACAGGUGGGCGCAUUGCUGGGCACAAGUGGGCGGAACUUGUGUGUGGCACAGGUGGGCACCGAUCAUCAGGGCACUGAUGAUCAGUGACCCUGAUGAUCGGUGCCGAUCCCUGUUCUGACAACUGCCGGUUUUCGGCAGUACUUUCCUCACGAUCUGACAGCGUGAGGAAAGUGCAGCCGAGAACCGGCAUUUGCAU